AUGAUCCUCGCCAUGGCGAAAGCGGAUGACGUACUGCAACAGAAAGUGGUUUGCGAAUGUAUCGUUGCCGCUAUAACCAAAUGUAAGAAGGCCAACAAAUUCAUAUUGGGAGGUCGAGAUAUAUUGCAGAACCUGUAUUAUUCUAAGCAUGAUUCAAUUCGGAUUCGAGCGUUAGUGGGUUUAUGCAAGUUAACCAUUUUCGAAAACGGACUCUGCUCUCCGACUAUCAAACUGUUCCCGUAUGGAGCGACGAAGAAGUUAUCCAAGAUUUGUAAACGAUUCCUGAUUAAUCCCAAGAAGGAAAAAGAUAUGAGUAAAUGGGCUAUUAAAGGCUUGUCGUACCUCACUUUCGACGACGACGUCAAAGACGAGUUGAUCGAGGACCAACAAGCUAUUCGAGCAAUGAUCGAGCUGGCUCGAUCCAAUACCAAGACUGACGAUCAAUCGGUUCUCUAUGCCGCGCUUACGACGUUGGUGAACCUUUGCAACGCUUAUGUCGAGCAAGAACACAUACCUGAGAUGAUAGAAUUGGUAAUGUUUGCUAAACGUUACUUCGAGGGAUAUAAUCUGUUCGACAGAAACGCAGUGGGAAGAAGAAGCGUGUUAGCGAAGGCCGGUGUGAUUAGCGCUCUGGCGAGCCUCGCUGAAAUGGACAGCCAGAACUGCAAGGAAUUGAUAGCCCGCAUUUUCAACAUGAUAUGCUGUCCGCGCGAAGUGAGAGAAAUAGUGGUUCAACAAGGCGGCCCGAAGGCAUUGUUAUUGUUAGCGCUGAACGGCACGGACAAGGGAAAAAAGGAAGCUUCGGAAGCCCUGGUUCUUCUGGGACUCAACAAACAUCCUAAGAUUGCAUUUCCCGGUCAGAUGAUGAUGGAGAAUUCUGCGACUCUAUUAGUUUUGUGCGACCUUGCUAAAGUCAACGGCAGCAUGCGAGAACAUAUAUGCAAGGAGGGGGUGUUUCAGAAAAUCGAGGCCUUUCUGAAUGACGAGGAUAAUGGUUUGAAAUGUGGGUCCCUAACACUUAUAAACCUGUUGUUUUUAAGCCAUGAAGUCGCCGUCCAAUAUUUCGAGCAGGACAAUUCUCGAGUUAAGCAUCCUAUGUUGUUGUGCAAGAACGCGAAUGUACUUAUUAGCUUGUCAGCAGCUAUAGCUCUAAUGAUGGUGACAGAGGCGAACAAAGGGGCUUGCAAGCAGAUUUACGAUUCGAAUUUCUGUCUGGAAUCUCUACGCUUUUUACUCACUAGUCCAUACAGUGAGGUGCAAGAAAAAGGUAUUUUAAUUGUGACAAAUAUGAUUAGAAGCACGAAAGAUGUUGCUGCAAAACUUGUGAGAAAAGGCAUUAUGAAACUACUGACGGUAUUGAGCAAAAGUGAUACCGCGCAAAACAAGGUCAAGGAUUUGGCAUUCCUUGCUUUGGAGGAAGCUGCGGAACGACGAGAAGAACGUCGAGAAGCAAUCAUUGGACGUGAUAAGACGUGA